AUGUUUCAACUCGAUGUUCUUAUUGAUAUUUCGAUAUUACCAUCAAAUAUAAUGGCAUUGCGUGAUGAUGAUUUUAUUGAUUUUGUCAAGGAAGAAGCCGGUCAUGCAGCUGCUGCUCUACUUGAAAUACAAGGUAUUAAUUGUGUAAAAUCAUUGCUGAUGACAGAUAAUGUUUAUGCUAUUAUGGACGUUAAAAGUAAAAGUCUAGAUGGUUUGAAGAAUAAAUAUGGUUAUAUGCAAGAUGAUGGUACAUUUGUUAUACAACCGGGAGUAAAAGGAAAUAUCGAAUAUCUUAUUGAUUUGCUAAAAAAGAAAUGUAUUGAGGAUGUCAAAUUAGCUAAAUCUUCAAAACAUAAUCAGUCAUCAUCAUCAUUAACAAUACCAAAAUCAACGUCGACUGUUACAUCAAAUAAUACAACAGAAAAAACCAUAUCCGUAUCUUUCAAUUCAUCAGUUGCUGAAAAUAAAACAUAUAUUAUUGAUACAUUGAAUAACUGGUGCGAAAACAACAAAUCAAAAUUAAAUGUUCAACAAUUUACUUUAGUUGAAGGUGAACAUUAUUUUAUUUUAAUGCAAAAUGAUUCAAAUGGUGCAUUAAAAUGCGAUAUAAGAUGCUGUUGUCAAAAAUGGUCAUCAUUACCAUUAAGACGUGGAAAAUUUCAAUUGUCGAAUUUCUAUCGUCAUCUUCAAGGUUUAAAUAAUAUAUGUCCUGCAUUGAAAAAAAUGAUAAGCAGUCCUCAAUCAGCAUUACCAUCGUCAACAAAUAAUCCACCACCAUUAAUAACAUCAGAUAAUGUGCCUCAACAAGUCGCAUCACCAAACCAGAUACCUAUUAUACCACCAUCAGAUACCAUUCAAUCAAAUUCAGCUUUAUCCACAGCAUCUUCCACUUCAAUAUCAACAGAUAAUGAUGAAAGCCUUAUGCAACAAUCAUCAUCAGUAAAACCCAAAAGACCAGUGAAAAGAAAAAUUCAAAUAAUAGAAUUUUCACGUGACUCAGGAGAAUCAACAAAAAGAACGAGAAGAAGAUAA